GACUUUACGGAGAAGGUACAUUCCGAGGUGGUGAAGCGACGUGCGAAAGAACAGCGGAGGUAUCACUCGAAAAAGGGAGCGCUGCGCGUAGGACGACCAAAGGGCAGCAAAGCCAAGCAAGACGUCAGGCUGAAGCUGGACACUGGAGGAUGG